CUGCAGCACAUUUGGGUUAACUGAGUUGGCUUUUUUUUCCCCAGAGCACAGCUAAGUGAGUUUGGACCCUGGAACCAUGAGUGGGUGCCCCUUCACAGGGAACAAAUACUUAUAUAAAUUUGGCAACCUAUCUUUGAAAGAUGAGAAAGGUGACGAAUCGCAGGAGGGAAUAAAUAAAGCCAGCAAAGGUGGGCUUAUCUAUGGAGAUUACCUGCAAUUGAACAAAAUACUGAAUGCCCAAGAGCUACAGAGCGAAAAGAAAGGAAACAAAAUCCACGAUGAGCAUCUUUUUAUUGUGACGCAUCAAGCUUAUGAACUUUGGUUUAAGCAGAUUCUGUGGGAGUUGGACUCUGUUCGAGUGAUCUUCCAGAACGGACAUGUAAGAGAUGAGAGGAAUAUGCUGAAAGUUAUUACUCGAAUGAACAGAAUUUCAAUGAUUCUGAAAUUACUUGUGGAACAGUUCUCAGUUUUGGAAACCAUGACUGCACUGGACUUUUUUGAUUUCAGAGACUACUUAAGCCCAGCCUCAGGUUUUCAGAGCCUGCAAUUUCGUUUGCUAGAGAACAAGAUCGGUGUUCCCCAAAGCCUGAGGGUCCCCUACAACAGAAGGCAUUAUCGUGAUAACUUCAAGGGAGAGGAUUAUGAACUACUGCUGAAAUCAGAGCAAGAACCAACGCUUCUGCAACUUGUGGAGGCAUGGCUGGAAAGAACUCCAGGACUUGAGGCAGAAGGAUUUGAUUUCUGGGGCCAAUUUGAAGUGAAUAUUUUAAAAGGACUGGAAGAGGAAUUUGCCAUAGUACAGGCCAAACCAGAAUCAGAAGAAAAAGAGGACUUGUUAUCCGAAUUUCAAAAGCAGAAGGAUAUAUUACUUUCAUUAUUUGAUGAAAAACGGCAUGAACACCUGCUUAGUAAAGGAGAAAGAAGACUGUCUUAUAAAGCUCUGAAGGGUGCCCUAAUGAUCUACUUCUACAGAGAGGAGCCCCGCUUUCAGGUUCCAUUUCAGCUUCUCACCUCUCUUAUGGAUAUUGACGUACUCAUGACAAAAUGGAGAUAUAACCAUGUCUGCAUGGUGCACAGAAUGAUUGGCAGUAAGGCUGGCACAGGAGGAUCAUCAGGCUACCAGUACUUGCGCUCAACAGUGAGUGACAGGUACAAGGUGUUCGUGGAUUUGUUCAAUCUUUCAACAUUUCUAGUGCCAAGACACUGGAUACCAAAGAUGAAUCCAACGAUUCAUAAAUUCCUUUAUACAGCAGAAUACUGUGACAGCUCCUAUUUUAGCAGUGAUGACUCUGACUGAACUAUCUAGACUGGUUGCUGCGAAGAACUUCAGAACAUUCACCCUGAACUAUUCCUGAUACUGUUCCUGAACUAUAGCAACUGUUCUCAUCAGCGUGGGUGUGUAAAUAUUUAUUUAUGUACGACAGAACUAGGUGAAUACUCCACUUGACUUAGUGAAUAAAUUUAAUUGUCUGUAGAGAAAAUAAUCUUGCACUGAUUCAGGCUCUAUUAAAGAAAAAAAAUCCAGUUCAAACUAAUGGCUAGCUAAAUUGAAUGUUUUUAUCUAAAAAUCUAUACUUGGAGACAGGAAAAAAUUAUACAGAUUAUCAUCAUCACAUCUUAUAUGUACAUAUAUUUCUGUCAGUUUACUUAAUGGCUGUUAGUAAUUUACUUUGAGUUGAAGAUGUAAUUAUUCUCAUCAACUUAAGAUGAUAGAGAGCUGUAGAGUUCCAAAAGAAAUUUCAGGUUAAGAUCUUCAAAAGCUGGAUUUUGAACAAAUAUCCUGAAUCUGUGGAAACCCAAGCCUCUGGAAUUUUCUUACAAAAGAAUAUAAAGGCCUUAGAAAUACUGUUAAGAAUAGUAGAGAUAAAUGCCUACUUCACGCUUCAAAUAAAGCAGUAUUCAAGUUA